AUGACUUCUGCGGACCUCUCCUCCGUUCCCAACGGAGUCCAGUCGGGCGCUGCUGCUGCUGCUUCCCCAGCCGCUUCCAACCCCGCGCCCGGUCAGAUCCUCACCGGAAAACAAGAACAUUAUCUCAAGCGCGAACUCAUCGCCCGCCAAGUUCAGAGCGAAAUUUCCGAACUGAACUCGCCAACCGCCCUCCGACGCUUCGGUGCCCCUUUCAAAUCCGAAUUCGGUGAAGUCGCGCCCGUCGACUCGGAGCUUCCCAUCCUACGAUACAUCUUCGUCCACCAUGUGCGCAAUUUCCCCUUCCUCGAUCAAGCUCGCGAGAAGGAAUUCUGGCAGGAUAAGUUACAAGUGUUCCUCGAAUCGUUCGCGACGAAGCAUGUAUCCUCCUCCGAAGAUCGUCUGGAAGAGACCAAGCGUCGGAAGUUAGCCCGGAAGUGCGAGAAACUGGUCGAGCUGAUGAUGGUCUCUGGUAUCCCCACGGCAUCGGGCUACGAGGAGCGGAUCCAGUUCUCGGAGAUGGAGGUGGUAGACCGAGGGGCUAACGAGAAGGGGCUGUUGGUCAAUAUGCCGGAGGGUCAUGCCAUCCAUGGCUGGGACGUCAACGUGGCUGCCGUACGCGUUACCUCGGUCAGGAGGACGGUGCGAUACCACCAGCAUGCAGAGUUUAUCCUUCGAGUGCGCCGCGACGGAAAGCCCGAUCUCUUCGUGGCUCGACGAUAUGGCGAUUUCGCCAAGUUUCACAAGCGACUACGCACGGAAUUUCCAGGCAAACCACUCCCACCCCUUCCCCGCAAGAAUAAAUCCUCCACGACAACGAGCUGGUUCGGAUCAGCAGACGAUGAAGCAUCCUCAGUGUCGUCGGUUUCAACAGUGGGUGUCGCUGUGGUUGAUGACGGCACGUCCUCCCGUAACUUGGCCCCCGGAAACCACCAUCAGCGGUCGUUGUCGCGGUCAUCCAGGCGUUCCGUAAAAUCUCCCCGAGCUUCCAGCGACGGGUCGAGGGAGACGGUACUUUACCGCGAAGAGCAGAGAGUUUCUCUUCGGGCGUUCCUUCGUACCUUGCUGCAAAACAAGCGUAUAGCUGAGACAAAGGCCAUGGAAGAGUUCCUCACCGCGGACCCCAUCAUUUUGAAUGAGGAGGAGGUGCUGGACAUGCAGAAGCGCAAAGAUGUCGAUGCGGUGCGCAUAGAGGAGCAGAAGCGGUUCUACGAGAUCGCCAGGGCGCGUGCAGCGGAAUUGGACGUCUACAUGGAGAAUUUCCGCCGCGACAUUGUGGAGAGCAACGGUUUGACCAAACUGUUCGCUGAAAUCAAAGAAAAGCCCACGGUGCAGGAUCUGAGUCCCAAAUAUCAGAAAUUUGCGGAGUGGCUCCGGAUAGAGGUUGCUGCAACACUUUACCACCUCUUCCUGGCCGAGGAUAAUUCCCCUGAAUUGUUCGCGCAAGCUAAGCGAAUUCAUUCGCUUGUCCCGUACACUUUGUUGAAGAAUGUUAUUCGUAUUGCCAACCCCGCGGCCGUCAUGGCAGGAGUGCUGGACCUGUUCUUGGCCCAACCCUUCGGCUCUCGAUCCCUGCUCCAGCGGAUCUUCUCCAUGACCCUCAACGAUGGCAUCAAGGCCUUCCAGAAAUCGAUCGAUGCGUUGGCUGCCAAGGUCGAUGAUCCCAUUCUUUGCCAAAAGUUGAAAGCCUUUACCGAUGCCGACGAAGAGGUCAAGAACGAGAUUCGUGCCGAAGCUGCCGCCGAGGAUGUUGACAUUAUCGUGGCCAUCCUCCGUAGCGAGUAUCUGCAACCCGAGCUGGCUCCAGAGCAAUUCGGCAACGUGUUCAAUGGAUACGUAGCAUGGAACCAAGCCGUGGACAAUGUUGAGGUGGAGAUGCGCGAGGGGGCGCACUGGUUUGCGAACUUGAAGCAGCUUCUGAAGCUGUACACUCGUCAAAGGGACAAGGCUAUGAUGUUGAGCAUCGUAGAAGAGCCAACUACUCUUCAGCUGUUCCGCGACCUCUUCACCAUCUUCUACGAACCCCUGGUGCGCGUCUACAAGUCUGCCAACGUCUACAGCAGCAUCACCGAUUUUGCACAUUUCGCCGACGAUGCGAUUGCGGUGAUUGAGAAGUGUCAGCGGCAAGAUGUGUCGGCAGAUCCGAACCAGACCGUACAAGCCUUUAUCGACCUGUGCGAGCGCCAUCAAAGUAGCUUCUACAAAUUCGUUCACGAAGUUCACCUGCACGACAAUGGCCUGUUCAGUUCUCUCAUGGCGUGGAUCGAGGAGAUUCUCGAAUUCCUGCGCAAGGGGCCGCGCGGAGGUGCGCUCGAUAUGAACGCCUUGCUUCGGGGAGCCACGGAUUUCGUGCAGAUUGACAAGGACAAGGCUCUGGAAGAGAUCAAUGCCCUGAUCAAGUGGCAUGAAGACCGAAAGCGGUGGCACUUGAACAAGACGCGGCAGAAGAUGGCCGCUGAGGGCACGGCACAUGACGGAUACUUGGGUAACGCGUCAUUCCGAGGCAGCGACUUUGGCCUCGACGAGGCCGACCUGGAAGAUCUUGCCAUCUCGGACGCCGAGUCGGAAGCAUCCGAAGAUCUGGACGACGAAGAGGACUUGGACCCGAUCUCGGCGGAGCGCAGGCGGCGGGUCAAGCAGCAGGACCAACUUCGGCGUACGGCAGGCGAGCCGGUCAAGCCGGACAUAAGCGAAAUUCUCAAGUUGUCCGAGUCAUUUGGCGUUAUGUUGCGACAGUCUAUACAGGCCUUGUAUACAUCGUUGAUUCUGUCCAUCGCCUCAUUCGCCUCGCACAGCGGUUCCUCUGCGGGGUCUCUUCCUCGAUGGCGUUUGGCGCUGCAACUGUCCAGAGCGUCCUCCAGCCGUGAAAUUCCAAACCAAGAACCACGGUUCUAUGUCUGCCAAAAGCCUCAAGAGAAACGCUGUCGCUUCUUUCUCUGGGCCAGCGACGCCGAAGUCCGCGAGAAGCACGCCGUCUUGACGAACUCUCGCACUGAACCUGCCGCGGAUUCCUGCUCCUCUACUACCACCACUGCCACGAUUUCUACCCCCGAGACACCCUCCAAGAAACCACGCCUAUCCGAAGCGGGUCUUCUAACCCCGCAAACUGAUUGUACGGUAAGAUUCGGAGGUAUAGGCUUGGACAAUAGUGGAGCCAGCGGGAAAGGAGGACGGUUGAGUGCAACUAUGCCCCCUCAAAGCGCCAAAGCGCGCAUGAUGGCUGAAGACUUUGAUGAGUUUGAAUGGGAGGAUUCAGAUGAUGCGGUGGUGGAGAAUAUACUUAGUUCUCAGGAACAGAGGCAGCAACAGGCUGCUGCUGCUGCUGCUGCUGCUGCUGCUGCUGCGCCAAUCCGACAGCCAAAUUUCGGACCUCCCAAGACGCCGUCCCGAGACGCAGAUGGGGCUUCUGCGCCGGGGAAGAGAAAGUUCGAUGAUAUAUCGGAGGGCCCAAAGACGGAGGCCUUGACGCCGAAUUCAUUGGCUACAUCUUUUACGGAUCGGGCGGUGUCGUUCUCGUCUCCUGUGCCGCCGUCGUCGUUGGAGUUCUCGAAGACGCCUACGCCGCUGAGGUUUGGGGCUAGUCCUGCUACAGGUGGAGAUAAAGCAUCGUCUGAGCUGACUGCGCAAGCUACUGAGAUUCUGGAUAGGAAUAAGGUGGUGAUGUCGGAGAAAGCGAAGGGUGAGUUGAUGGAUCUCUUGCAGAAGCAUGACUUGAAGGUGAAGGGUAUUGUCCGGGGACGGGACAUUUCCAGGAUUGCUUUGAAGAAUAAGGACGAUCAGAUCAAGACAUUGAAUGAGCGGGUAGCAAUGCUGGAAAGGAGUUCCCCAACCCCAAAUAUCCAACUAGCUAUACUGCCGAUGUCCAUGGAAAUCGACUCCGAACCCACCCAACCGCUCCGCAGCGACCUCCCCGCCAUGUUCCGUCCUCCAGUGAACCGGGCCAUGAGAGUCCUGGACCGGUCCUUUUUUAAGAAGACGGUACCGAUCUCUGCGGCAGCGAUUUUCAAGACAUCAGAUAUCUCCAAUGUGCGGAAGGAAUUGACCAAGAGUCGGGAUAUGCUUGUGCUGCCGAGAUUGGGCUCUAUAAGGGAGAUUAAGAUCAAUGAUUUGAUGCAUAAGUGUCUUUUGCUGAGGGAGGAUGUUAAACAUGAUGAUACUGCGACGUGGUCGCCGACGAUUAGUGAGCUUGUGAACAAGGGAAUGGUUGGCGUUAAGCCUUAUGAUUUGACGUUGGAUUACGAUUACUGGACUUAUGCGGAUAUAAUGUCCUGCAUUCUGCCCGAGGACAUGCUCGAUGAGAUCCCUCAGGGAUUCACGCAAGUCGGUCAUGUUUCGCACCUCAACCUCCGCGAGCAAUACCUGCCUUACAAGCACCUGCUUGCCCAGGUUCUGCUGGACAAGAACCCCAACAUCAGCACCGUCAUUCGCAAAACCGAGGAUGUGGGCUCCCACAGCGAAUUCCGCACGUUCCCCUUUGAGCUGCUGGCCGGUGAGAACAACCUGAACGUUGUCCAGCACGAGCAACACUGCGAGUUCCGCUUCGACUACUCGCGCGUGUACUGGAACAGCCGUCUCGAGACGGAACACCGUCGUCUCGUGGACAAGUUCCGCCCCGGAGAGAUGGUCUGCGACGUGAUGGCAGGCGUCGGGCCCUUCGCAGUGCCCGCGGGCCGCAAGAAGAUCUUCGUGUGGGCCAACGAUCUCAAUCCCCACGGAUACGAGGUGAUGCUGGACGCCGUCAAGCGCAACAAGGCCGACAAGUUCGUCACCCCCUUCAACAAGGACGGUCGCGAGUUUAUCCGCUGGUCUGCCCAGGCCCUCCUGGAUUCUCCCCAUACCGUGACCAUCGAGCCCAAGGUGCGCAGAAGCAAGAAGGCCGCCGCAGAGGAGAAGGGCGAGGCGCUCCCCGCCCCAGAGGUGUUCCAUCGCCCUAACGUCUUCCAUCACUACGUGAUGAACCUUCCUGGUAACGCGAUCGAGUUCCUCGACGCCUUUGUCGGCGUCUACGCCGGCAAGGAGUCGCUCUUUGCCCCGCACACGUCUCAGCCACUGCCUAAGGUCCAUGUGUACUGCUUCUCGGGUCACUCUGCGGAUGAACACGACGACCAUGUCGAUAUCUGCCAGCGUAUCUCGGAGCGCAUCGGACACACCAUUACCACGGAGGACCGUGUCGGCGGCAGCGGCAACCAGGAGAUCGAUCUGGCCAUCCACAAUGUCAGAUUGGUCAGCCCCAACAAGCAGAUGUUCUGCGCCAGCUUCCGUCUGCCUAAGGAGUUAUCUGUCAGAAUGAGCGUCCAACUCCCCCCCGCCACGCACCGCAAGCGCACCCUCCCACAAGGCGAACUCGAAGCCGCGUCAACGCUGAAGCUUGGCGCGGACCAGAACACGCAUACGCUGUCUCUGUCCGAAGCAAGAUUGGUUAUUAAUAAGGUGUUGGAGAAUAAGCGGAGGGGUGGGAAGAAGUAUGAGGAGCCGGAGAAUCUUACGAAAACGCUCGAUUACUUAGAGGUGUUUGCGCGGUUCAAGGAUGAAGAGAAUAUUAAGGCUGUGGAGCGGUUGUUGAAUUCGCAUACGGAGUUGGAGAUGUUUGAGCGGUCGCAGCUUGGAAGUCUGUGCUGCGAUAACGCCGAGGAAGCCAAAUCGCUCAUUCCGAGUCUGCAGCAUAAGAUCUCGGAUGGCGAUUUGCAGGAGCUGCUGGAUGAGUUGACCAAGUUGCGCAAUUUCACGGAGUAG